CAUUGCAUGUUAUUGCAAUCAGAAAAAAAAAUACUUCUAUGUUUAAACAAAACAGAGUAGACAUUUCACAUUGGUACCGCACUGUCUUCAACAUAGUGCUACCCUUUAGCAUCUUGGAAGGCCUCUGAGAGCUGUUUUAGCCCACCCUCCCGGUUUUCUAAGUAAGGCAAAUGAACAUCAGAGAGGCCAACUGAACUGUUUAAAGUCACACAGUGUUCAGGCUGAGACGAGCAUCCCCAGCUUCUCAUCUGUUAUGUUUUCUGCUAGGCUCUUCUUUGUCUGCCUGGAAAUGGAGGAGAGAGAAGUGAAGGCCAUUUGUAAGUUAAUCAUUUAUCUUCAGACUCUCAUCUGCUCAUGCGCCCUGCAUGACUGAGAAGAGCACCCUUGGGUGUGUCAUGUCCUCCCUGUGCUGUGCUCCUGCCCCCACGUGGCAGGAUCCCGGGUCUCUUCAGGGCAUCUCAUGCUCUGUCUUCCUGCCAAACAGAAGCUGAGCAUCACAUUUUCUCCUCGGCUCAUCGUGGUUCAAGGUUACUUUAUUCUGGGCCUUAAUAGGGAAAAAGCCAAGAUCUGCUUUCCUUUCAUACACAGAAGCAUCCUCUCGACACCCUUGAAACUAUGGUGGAGAUACGAACCUUUUAAAGUAUAACCACAUACCUAAUAUUUACAUUAAAGGGAGUAAAACACAUUUACUUCUCAGUCCCGAGCCAGCGACAGGAAUGCCUGUUAUUGUUUCUGUCACCCUGUCCGUCACUCACUCUGCUUUGAAUGGGUUUCCACCAAGGGUGCAAUUUUGACUGUAUUAUACCUUCCUUUUAGAGAGCGACACUUGCGUUCUUGUUUGCUCUUGGGCAUUCUCUCUCCUAUUUCUUCCCCUGAACUAUUUGAAAGUAAGUUACAUAAUGAUGUUGUUAUAUUGGAGGAAACUAGUCUCAUUUAAAUUUUAGCUAACAAACGCUAGAUUUUUAACUUUUUCUGAAUUUUCAGAACAAUGUCUGUCUUGGCAGGAGUCUCACCCCCCAUUUGGUUCCUCAGGGCCUUUAUUCCAGGAAUCUCUUUCUUUUACCUAUCAGAUGCAUCCACCUCUUUGUGAAGACAUCAGAGAUUGCAGCCAGUUGUCCCACAGCAUGCACAGCGAUCUGGAGUCUGUUGUUUCCUUAUUCAGGGUGGUGCUUUGGCAGUGAUGCACCACGGGUGAUGUACAUCUGAGUGUGAUCCCUGGUUAACAGGGUAAUCCCCUGCUCUCUCCAUUGUAAAGGGACAUUUUUCUCUGUGAUUGUAAGUGGUCUGUGGGGUGGUACUCUGAAGCCUGUGGAUAUUCUGUUUCCCAACAAACUUUCUAGUGUUUUUUUUUUUUUCUUUUAAUUGGACCAAAUUAAAAAAAAAAAAAAAACACUUCCAAUGUAACAUGUGGAACUAGAAAGAUCGAUAAAUAUCACCUUAGAAUAGAUGAAUUUGGAUUUAUAGUUUAAAUUGAACAGCAAGGCUGUUUGCAUUCUACCCGCCUGUAGAUAUUAGCUUGAGUCUCUAGAUUUUUCCAUUUCUGACUUGAAGAGGUUCAACUGAUGGGCCAGCCACUUCCCACUUAACUCCUGUAGGAAGCUGCAGUGCUGUUUUAAUGUCCGUACAGGGUGACUAUAAAUCCCUUUUAAUGGCAAGAAGUGGUGCUAGUGUAUUUUUUAGUAGCUCAUGAGAUUUUGGGGGCAUCUUCUUGAAGCAGUGUUGAGUUUCCUUGUAGAAAUCUUUUAUCUCCCUUUUCAAGAGCACUAUAUGAAACUGACUUUAAAAAUGACUGAUGACCUGCCCCCGAUGGCCUCAACCAGCAAGUCCGGGAGCCGGUCGUGCCGCCAAGCUCCUGGACAAGCAGCCCUUCUCUGUGCGAAAUCCGAACCCUCUGCUACCUUCGCCUGCCAGUCUCCAGCUGGCCCAACUGCAGGCACAGCUCACCCUCCACCGGCUGAAGUUGGCACAGACAGCUGUCACCAACAAUACUGCGGCCGCCACGGUGCUGAACCAAGUCCUCUCCAAAGUGGCCAUGUCCCAGCCUCUCUUCAACCAGCUGAGGCAUCCAUCUGUGCUCGGUGCCCCCCACAGCCACACUGCAGUGCCCCAGCAUGCUGCAGCCCUACCCAGCGCCCGGUUUCCCUCGAGUGCAAUUGCUUUUUCACCCCCUAACCAGACACGAGGCCCAGGACCCUCUGUAAGCCUUCCCAGCCAGCCUCCCAGUGCCGUGGUGAUGCAUCCUUUCAGCGGGGUGAUGCCUCAGACCCCUGCCCAGCCGGCAGUCAUCUUGGGCAUUGGCAAGGGGGGCACUGCUCCAGCCACCACGGGAUUCUACGAGUAUGGCAAAGCUAGCACUGGCCAGGCAUACGGCUCUGAGACAGACGGUCAGCCCGGCUUCCUGCCAGCCUCAGCCUCUGCCUCAGGCAGUGUGACCUACGAAGGGCACUAUGGCCAUGCAGGACAAGAUGGUCAACUUGCCUUUUCCAAAGAUUUCUAUGGACCCAAUGCCCAAGGGUCCCACGUGGCAGGUGGAUUUCCAGCUGAGCAAACUGGGGGCAUGAAAGGCGAGGUAGGGGCCCUGCUGCAGGGUGCAAACAGCCAGUGGGAGAGCCCCCCUGGAUUCUCUGGCCAGAACAAACCUGACCUUACAGCAGGUCCCAGCCUGUGGCCUCCACCGCCCAGCCAGCCCUAUGAACUGUAUGACCCCGAGGAACCCACCUCAGACAGGACCCCUCCCUCCUUCGGGGGUCGGCUCAACAACAGCAAGCAGGGUUUCAGCGGUGCCCGGAGGCGGGCCAAGGAGGAGCAGGCCAUGCUGUCUGUGCGGCCCCUGCAGGCUCACGAGCUGAACGACUUCCACGGUGUGGCACCCCUUCACCUGCCGCACAUCUGUACCAUGUGUGACAAGAAGGUGUUUGACUUGAAGGACUGGGAGCUGCAUGUGAAGGGGAAGCUGCAUGCUCAGAAAUGCCUGGUCUUCUCUGAAAAUGCUGACAUCCGGUGUGUACUGGCUUCGGCAGAGGGAGCGCUGUGUGGUUCCCCGACUGGCACAGCUGUUUACAGCCCUGCUAGAAAUGAAGAUUAUGCCUCAAAUCUUGGAACAUCAUACGCAGCCAUUCCGGCAAGGCCAUUUGCUCAGUCAAAUCCUGCAUUUCCUUCUGGGACAAAUUUUGCACAGCGGAAAGGUGCUGGCCGUGUGGUGCAUAUCUGCAAUCUCCCUGAAGGAAGCUGUACUGAGAAUGACGUCAUUAACCUGGGGCUGCCCUUUGGAAAGGUCACUAAUUACAUCCUCAUGAAGUCGACUAACCAGGCCUUUUUAGAGAUGGCUUACACAGAAGCUGCCCAGGCCAUGGUCCAGUAUUAUCAAGAAAAAUCUGCGGUGAUCAAUGGUGAGAAGUUGCUCAUUCGGAUGUCCAAGAGAUACAAGGAAUUGCAGCUGAAGAAACCUGGAAAAACCGUGGCUGCUAUCAUCCAGGAUAUCCACUCCCAGAGAGAGAGGGACAUGUUCCGGGAAGCAGACAGAUAUGGCCCAGAACGUCCCCGGUCUCGCAGUCCUGUGAGCCGGUCACUCUCCCCAAGGUCCCACACGCCAAGCUUCACCUCCUGCAGCUCUUCCCACAGUCCUCCAGGCCCCUCCCGCGGGGACUGGGGCAAUGGCCGGGACUCAUGGGAGCCCUCUCCUUUUGCCAGGAGGGAGGAAGAGAGAGACCCAGUCCCCUGGAGGGAGAACGGGGAGGACAAGAGGGACAGGACGGACACAUGGGCACAUGAUCGCAAACACUACCCCCGACAGCUGGACAAAGCCGAGUUGGACGAGCGACUUGAAGGAGGGAGGGGCUACCGGGAAAAAUACCCCAGGUCUGGAUCCCCCAACCCCCUGCACUCUGCAUCCAGCUACAAAAGCCGGGAGGAAGGCCACUACCGGAAAGAGCCCAAGGCCAAGUCGGACAAGUACCUCAAGCAGCAGGACACCCCUGGGAGGUCCAGGAGGAAAGAGGAGGCCAGGCUGCGGGAAAGCAGACACCUCCACCCUGAUGACUCUGGCAAGGAAGAUGGGCUAGGGCCCAAGGUCACCAGGGCCCCUGAGGGUGCUGCAUCCAAGCAGAGUGAGAAAAAUAAAACCAAGAGAGCUGACAGAGACCAAGAAGGAGCUGAUGAUGGAAAAGAAAGCAAAAUGGCCGAGAAUGAGGAGGGCACGGAAGGAAGCCCCCAGUCAGUGGGCAGAGAGGAGAAAGAGACAGAGUCCUCUGAUCCAGAGAACACAAGGACAAAGAAGGAGCAAGAUUGGGAGAGUGGAAGUGAGGCAGAGGGGGAGAACUGGUACCCCACGAAUAUGGAGGAGCUCGUCACAGUGGACGAGGUGGGGGAAGAAGAAGAUUUUAUCAUGGAGCCAGACAUCCCAGAACUGGAAGAAAUUAUGCCUAUUGACCAGAAAGACAAAAUCUGCCCUGAAAUCUGUCCCUGUGUGACGACCACCUUGGACCUGGACUUGGCCGAGGAUUUCACCGGGGAGGAAGUCAAGACCGUAGGGAACGGGGCUGCAGAAAUCAGCCUCAAGCUGCCCAGACAACUGCCCUCGGCUUCCACGAGCUGUCCCAGUGACACGGACGUGGAAAUGCCUGGCCUAAAUCUGGACGCUGAGCGGAAGCCAGCUGAACGCGAGACAGGCCUCUCACUGGAGGAUUCAGAUUGCUACGAGAAGGAGGCAAAGGGAGCGCAGAGCUCAGAUGUUUGUCUGGCCUCUACUACAGCCCAGCAAAUGUCUUCCCCCCAGCCAGCCGAGGAGAGGGCCCAACAGCAGAGCCCGUUUCUUGAUGACUGCAAGGCCAGGGGGACCCCCGAAGAUGGGGCUGGUGAAGACAGCCCCCUGGAGGAGAAAGCCAGCCCCACUCCUGAAACCGACCUCCAAAGCCAGCCUUGCCCAGGAGUGUUGACCGAGGAAAACCCCAGGUAUGUGGAAGUGAAAUCGCAAGACCUGAGAUCACCAGACUACUCUGAGGUGGAGCUGAAAGAGCCCCUGCUCCUGCCUUCCUGGGAGCCGGAGGAUGUGUUCAGUGAACUCAGCAUUCCUCUGGGUGUGGAGUUUGUGGUUCCCAGGACUGGAUUUUAUUGCAAGCUGUGUGGGCUGUUCUACACAAGCGAGGAGGCGGCGAAGGUGAGCCACUGUCGCAGCGCUGUCCACUACAGGAACUUACAGAAAUACUUGUCGCAGUUGGCAGAGGAGGGCCUGAAGGAGACAGAGGGGGCAGGCAGCCCCAGGCCUGAGGACGGCGGAAUCGUGCCGCACUUUGAAAGGAAGAGGCUCUGAUGUUGCUGCUGCUGCUGCUGCUGCUGCUGCUGCUGCUGCUGCUGCUGGAAGGUAGAAGAGGAGGCCUGCAGAGGCUGGGCCUCCCAGACAGGACUAAAGCAGAGAGGAAGAAAAACCAGGCAGUGCACGCUGCCUGAGACUCAUUAAAAACCCCUAAAGUGUCUCCAUGAGCCAAGGCACCCUCAACUCUCUCCCUCUGGACCCCAGUUUCUCUCUCACAAUCGUUCAAUUUGCUUUUCUCUCUUCCUCUUGCUCCCUCCCCCAUCUUCUUCCUCCUGUGCCAAGAAUCAUUUCCUUUUCAUAAAAUCCAACUUCUCAGGGAUUUUCAGAGUGUUUAAAUUCUUGAUGGGAUAUAACAGGUCAGGCCAGACUGAGUCAUGCAAGGAAGAGGUUUAAUGGAAACCCUGGGUCAGGAGAGUUCUUUCUGGGAAUCUGCAGCAAGAGUCUCAGCCUGGCAUCUCUAUGUCCCUUGGGUGUCCUGUGUUGGGGAGCCCAGUCCUGAGAGGAGCCACUAGAGAGAAUCAGUUGACAGUAGCAGAGAGUGGCUUCAUUAACCGCUCCUUUCGGCUGAACCCCACUUUUUUGAAAAGUCCCUAUUAUAAAUAGCUCUUUCUCCUCGCAGUUUUUCUAGAAAUCCACCAGAUUGAAAUGACUUAAAGUAAAAUCAGCUUGAUUUUAUGAAGAAAAGAGCCCUGCAUGGUUGAAGCUCUGAUAAAUUCUGAAGUUAUAUCCUACCUCUCAAUUUCAGAGAUUGUCAGGAUUUGUUCUAUUCUGGACAGUGAUUCUGGUAUAGAUUCAUUUUUCACUAAAAACGAGGACAGGAGUGUCUUCUCCCUUCAGUUGGAACAGCAAACUGAUGUGGGCUCUGGUUGAACAGCUGGCCUCUGCCACGCGGCAUUGGCAGGAGAGAUGCCAAAACCAGGAACCGGCAUCUGUCCUUGACUCACCCUGGGUGCCUGCCCUCAGGGGGUCCAGGGACCUCACAAGUGGGGAGGUUUCAAAAUGAUCCCUCUGUGGCGGGGAGCUAAGAGAAGGCCACAGGACUGAAGAGUGGCUUGAGGUUUGCCAGGUAUUUGUAGGUGGGUCCUUUCCAGCUGGGCAGAAGAUGCAGUGCUGCUCCAGGCUGACCAGAUGUACAGACUCUGAGGUCAAAACAUUACGAAGAACAGAAGAGCCCUUAUUCCCAAUGGGGUCAGUGCCUUCGGGCCCCAGAUAGGAUGCAGGGUCUCAGCCUGACAUUGCUGGAAUAAAUGAGGCUCUGCUAAUGCCACGAGUGGAGCCCAGAAAGAAGAGAGCCAGUGCCCUUUCCAGGAGAUGAGGUACUCCCCUGAAGGCGCCUCCACGGCUUAGUGCCCUGGGUGGGGACAAGAAAGAUGGAUGUCUGUCCCCUGGGAGCUUCCUGUUGUUUCUGUUCCUCCAUGUGGGCAGGUAGACUUCGCAGGGAUUAUGUGGGGUUUAUUUUCCCCCUUAUUCUGCACCUUCUGUCUUCUGCACUAAUGCAAGAAAGGUGGAAUGAUCUAGUUCAACGCUGACAUGUGAUCAAUGAGGAAACCGAGGUACAGAAGAAACAAAUGUAAAAAUGGAAGCCGAUCACGCGUACUCCUUGAGGCACGCAGUCCCUGAGUGAAGAGAGAAGAGUGAAGGCACUUACCAGAGGAAAAGAGACCAGUUUGGACAGGAGUGGUGAGGAGAGGUUGGAAGAAGCAAGAAACCAGAGCCCAGCAGCAGGCCUAGGAGGCCUCAGGAAGGUUGGCAUCUCAAAUAGAAAAGACCCCGAAGGCUAUGACUCAGCCCAGACUGUACCCCUGGCUCACCCCACAGGUUUUAAUCCAGCAUUCUGAACACCAGCCAUUUCUCAGAAAACUGUUGAUCCUGUGUGUCUUUAUUUCCACUGAAGAGGAUUCUGGGAGCAGCAGUUUGGCCCCUUCACUGAAUCUUCCUGGGAAGAGCCUACGUCUUCUAUCACAGGCUAGAGCUGAGCAUUGUUAUUAGAGAAACUGGAUGUUUUAUCCCCAGAAAGCAGGAGCAGACCUCAUUAAAUCCCCUGGCCCUCCACCCCUGCAGUGUCCUUGUGGAAAUCCCUAUGGUAGGUCCCCAUACAAUGCAAUGGCUCCUUUUGUGGUAGACUGACCUUCAUAUUGGAAAGUUGGGGACAACCCCCGAGAGAGAGAGAGAGAGAGAGAGAGAGAGAGAGAGAGAGAGGAGAGUCUGUCUCUGCAUUCAACUAGAACCUUCAGUUUAAAAUCAUCUGAGAUCCUGUACUUGUAUGUGUGUGUGUAUAUACACACACACACACACACACACACACACACACACACAUGUAUUUAUUUCUAUUUAUUUUUAUACAGUUCCAUUGGGAUGGCCCGUCACAGACCCUAUAAUUUGCACUUUUUAUUCCUAUGUAUGUCACAUACAAUGCAGUAUAUGAAAGGCAGCCAGGAAAAUAAUGAUUUCUUUUGUAAAGCGUUUCUUCAGUGUUUUUGUCAACCAUUUCAAAGUGUCUCUCCAAAAGGGUAGCUCAAAAGAGGUUGCUACCUUGAGCAACAGAUUCAUUUGUGCCCUGGGUUAAUACAUCCGAAGACCUGGGUCAUUAUCUUUUCACUGUUAACACCUGGAAUAAAAUACAUUCAGACAAUACUCCCAAAGGAUUUGGUGAACUUGAUGUUGGUGUGAGCAGCAGCUGUUAAUAUCAGAGUUUCCCAUUCUUGGACAGUCCGAGGUAGUGAUCUGUUAGAUUAUACUUGAACUGGACCAGAGUUUGUUUUGUGAGUUGAUGAGAAAAAAGAAAAAUACUAGUUAAUUUAAGUUUGAACUUGUAAAGUAUUGAAAUUUGUUGAGUGUCUUAUAAAUUGUCACCAUUUUUCCUGAUUUGUAUAACUGACUGCAACGUGUUUGUUUUUACAAAAGUGGGAAAAGAUUUUUAAUAAAGAGAAUUUGAAAGCUUAUAA